AUGUCGUAUCAGACGAGAACGCUGAGCGCAAACCCCCUCGCGAGGGAGCGCAGGGGUGGCCAGCAUGCUGCCGAUGAGGCCGAAUACGAUCGCUUGCGCGGCCUGGCCCGUAACGAACAAAACCGACGACACGAACUCAUCGGACAAUCUCGUGAAGCGUACCAAAAUGGCGAUGGAGCGCUCGCCAAAGAAUUAUCAAACCAGGCGAAGAGUCAUGAAGCGACUGCCGAUAACUAUAACAAGCAAGCUGCCGAGCACAUCUUUCGAGUAAAUAACGCGAAUCAAGAGGAGGAUACCAUCGAUCUUCAUGGUUUGUUUGUUGAAGAAGCGGAAGAGAUUCUUGCAACAAGAAUAGAAGCGGCCAGGCGCCAGCAUGCUAAAGGACUGCACGUCAUUGUUGGCAAAGGCAUCCACUCGGAAAACCACGUCCAGAAGAUCAAACCCGCCGUCGAGAAGUUUUGCCGGGAUAAUAACCUGGUAUACAGCAUCGGAAAGAAUGCCGGUAGGAUCUAUAUCGACCUUCAAGCCGAAGGCGUGGGCGAGGUCGACCCGAGUCAACAUGGUUGGGCCUAUGGUGGGCAGCAGCAACAGCAUGGCGGGUACCAGCAGCAUGAGCAGCCGCAUUACCAGCAGCACCAUGGCGGCCAGCAACAGCAGCAAGAACAGCAGCAAGAUUCGGCUGGCGGAUUGCUCGGGCUUUUGUUUGGUGUUAUUAAAAAGAUAUUUUGCAAAUAG